GGACGCGCUGGUCCCUCCGCAGCGCUCAGCGCCCUCUGCGCCCUGGCAGCACCGCCCCGUGGCAGCGGAGCGUCGGCCCGUGAGUCAGAGGCUUUGCGGGAGCUCCGUGCGGCCUCAUCUCGCGUCCCUCGGGGCCCGGCUCUGUCUGCGGCUCCGCGUGGCGGGGAGGCGGUGGCUGCGAGAGGGGCCGCGACGGGGGCUCGGGCGGGAGCCGGGAGCGUCACGGUGAGGGACCUGCGGGAGCUGCCGGCUGUGGGAAGGCGGCGGCAGGAGACGGGAGCGAAACGAGGAGCUGCCGUUGCGUUGCGUGGUGGGUGGUUCUUCCCGAGCUGCAGCCGCACCAUGCUGCGCUUCCUCUGGGACAGCAUCUCCCUGCAGAUGCUCUUCGUCUUCCUCUUUGUCUUCCUGCUCGUCUCUGACUACAUGAAGAGGAGGAAGCCGAAGGACUUCCCCCCCGGUCCUUUUUCCUUCCCUUUCCUGGGAAAUGUGCAAUUUAUGUUUGCCAAAGAUCCUGUGGCCAUAACACAGAAGCUUACUGAAAAACUUGGAGAUAUCUUCAGCUUGCAAGCAGGCAGCCAGUCGUUUGUGAUCAUAAAUGGGCUGCCACUGAUCAAGGAAGCUCUUGUGACCCAGGGAGAGAACUUCAUGGAUCGCCCGGAAAUUCCUCUUGACACAGAUAUCUUCAACAAAUUGGGGCUGAUCUCUUCCAAUGGGCACCUGUGGAAGCAGCAGAGAAGGUUCACGUUGACCACCCUCCGGAACUUUGGCCUGGGGAAGAGGAGCCUGGAGGAGCGGAUACAGGAGGAGUGCCGAUUC